AUGGGUUGGCCGGUGCGGAUUGCCUGGUCUUUGGGCUUUGGCAUGUCACGGCGGGAAAUUGAGUUCCACCUCGACGUUGUCGUCAUGUUUAGGUCCUUCCUUUUUUUCUUGUCAUUUGUUUUGGUUGUCACUUGUGCCAGAAGAGGGCCCCAAAUAACAGACAAAGUUUUUUUUGAUAUAACCCUGGGAAAUAAAGCGGCAGGUCGAAUCGUCAUCGGUCUUUUCGGUAAUACCGUGCCGAAAACCGUCUCCAACUUUAAGGCUUUUGUUGAGGGAUAUGAAAAAGAUGGACAAAUAUACGGCUUUGCCGAUAGCAUUUUCCAUCGUGUCAUCAAGAACUUCAUGAUUCAAGGAGGUGAUUUCACCAACAAAGAUGGAACUGGCGGAUUCAGUAUUUAUGGGAACAAGUUUGAAGAUGAGAACUUUAAACUUCAUCAUGAGGGUCCUGGUUGGGUCUCGAUGGCUAAUUCCGGUCGUGACACCAAUGGGAGUCAAUUCUUUAUAACCCUGGUCAAGACCGCCUGGUUGGACGGGAAACAUGUUGUUUUCGGCAAAGUUAUUGAAGGGAUGGACUUGGUGGAAAAAAUCGGUGAAACCGAGACUGACGCGAAGGAUCGCCCAGUUGUUGAGGUGAAAAUUGCAUCGGCUGGAAUGUUACCAGUAGAUAAACCGUACAACAUAGAGCUGUGA